CAUUUUCGCGUCUGCUCUGUUCUUUCUUCCUCUGUAGCCGAACACCACCAGCCUUCACCAACACCUACUCCUCUCGAAAAUUUGGUAAGAUUUUGGUAAAUUCUUUCCCUUGUCUUGUUAAAUAACAAGAUUUAGAGCUUAAAACUCUCUCCCUCAACCCAAGAAUCCCGGAUCUGCUGCUUUCUUCCUCCCUUGCCGCCGACCACAGCUGGGUGUGAGUCCGGUUUUUCCUGGUAAAAUCAGCCAUGAAAUUCAUCUAUUCUCUCUUAAUUUGGCUUGGGCUCACUCUAAUCUUGUUAUUCUUCCAAUUUCUAGCAAACCCGUGGAAGCUCCUCCAAUUCCCGUCGGUCCUCCCAUACCCGUUAGCUCCAACUUUGCUUGUUGGGAAUUUUUGGUAAUGGUUGCAUGAAAUGGGCUUGGGUUGUCCGAAAAUUUUGUUGAAAUAGGGAUGAGUUUUGGCAAUUUGAAAAUGGGUUUUGGUUGAUGAUUUAUGUAGGAAAUUAGUGGGUUUGGUUGUUGUGUGAUGUCCGAGAGAAAAAGGGGAGAAUUCCGUGAAUUGGCCAUUUUUCUGUCAAGGCCGGUUCUCCCAAAUUCUUGUCCAUGAGUUUGAAAAUGGUAUAUGUGUAAUUGUAUAAUUAUAUAUACAUAGAUAUUAAUUUGGAAAUAUUGUGAUUAAGUCCUUGAUUGUCCUGUGGCCUUAGCACUCGGAUUAGGCCCUCUGUCCUGUGAAAUUAAGGUAAGUAAAUUAUGGUAAUGCCCUUAAAUUUUUGAAGCAUAUUUUAAUUGUUUUCUGAGAUGGUGGCGAGGUUUAAAUGGAUUUAUUUGCAUUUGAGCAUGAUUAAAAAGGGAAUUUGAACUUUUAUUAUUUUCCUUAUUUUCUAGAAUUAAGCAUGCCACAUGAGAUUCUUCGGUUUAUUUUUGAAAGUGAGAACGAUCAUGAAUCGUGGUUUUCUGUAAAUCUUGUUGGGUUUUGUCUCCGAUGUGGUCAUGUAUUUAGUGACCCCGCUAGUGGGGGAGGUUUACAAAUGCUAGCACAUGUCGACAUGUUAGUGAUAGAACCGGUUCGCUCGUGAUAUCCUACUAGUGGGAGUAUACACUAGUAAUCAUGUGCUCGCCAGUGGGAGGUUUAUAACACUGGCCAUGACUAAUAGAGGAGACCACUAUGUGAUUUUAGUUUGCAUCAAUGGUUUGCUAUUGAAACGCUCUGUUUAUGUUUCAACUGAUUAUUUGGCAUGCUUUAAGUUUUGAUUCCGGGCACCCAUGUUUACUUACUGGGAUAUUUUUAUCUCACGGUUUCCUUGUCCGCCAUUUCAGGUAGUGAGACCCGACGCGUGGGAAGCCCAGGGGAGUGACGAGCUAGACGGCUAGGCACUUUUGGACUUAGGUUUUUGUAGCUAAGUCGUUAGUCACCCAUGCUUGACAUAGUAAAUUUUGUGUACAGAAUUUAAUGUUAGUCAUGAUUGUAUAUAUGAAGUGAUAAAUUUUGUACAUCUGACUAGUAAAUAUUUGAUAAUUAAAAAGGCUUAGAUCUG